AAAACAAUCCAAACCCUAGACUAAUAAUUCACGCCUCUCUCCUCUCUUCUCCUCUUCACUAAUAAACCCCUAACCUCUCUUAAAGAAUCAGGCAUUCACCAUCCCUCUUCUUCCACCUCAUAUGCGCCUCCUGCAAGUCUCCCAUCCUCAUAUGAGUCGAGGUCACUCUAGAGAGAGAAACAAAAAAAAAAUGUUGAUAUCAAACGGAAUCGAAGAUGAGGACAAAUGGCCAGCCGAAGGCAUCCCUGGAAUUCAACACAUUGCAUUUUAUUUGCAUCGCGCUUUGGAUUCCUCACAAAUCACGUAAGGGCUUCCGGCUUCCUCAAAGUUUCAAGCAUACAAAACCUCUGCCUGGUCUCUCAAUCUCUUCGCAAGCCAACAACUCCCAAAAAUUCUAAUCUCUACUUUGAAGUUUUAAUAGAUGGAAGAAGAACAGGUCAAAAAUAUAAUUAAAAAUAGAACUACAAUCCACAAGAGACAUGUUUGGGCCUGGCAGUUCAGAUUCUCAGCUGAACAAUAGUGGAACAGUUUUCGUACCAACGCUGUUUGGGUGACCAUAUGGGGGAAGGAGGGUGCUGUUGAGUGUGUCUUUCACCAGGUCACAACUUGUUAAUAUUCGAGGAAAAUUCUCGCCUCACAGUCCCCAAACAUUAUCCUUGUCUUUGGUCCCUAUUGUAUUUUUUGCAUUUAGGUCCCCAAGCUUAUUUUUUGGUGCAAAUAAGACCAAUGGACAGAAAUUGUUCAACUUGUUGUCAAAUAGUCACUUAAAAGUGUGUCACAUAACCCGUUCUUUCAAUGGUGUUUUUUUCUACUCUAACCUAAGCUCCCAAUUCUUUAAAGGGACUAUGUGAUGAAAAAUUGAAUGACAUCGGUCCAUUUGUCCUUGUGUGCACCGUAGAAGACAGUUUGGGGACCUAAAUGAAACCAAAAUUUGGAGGGGAACAUAGUGCGACAUGUUAUAUUGUUUCGUAAUUGUGGGUGAAAAUUCCCUUAAUUUUAUUAGAAUUUACUUUUAAGUGAGUUUACCUCUUUGCAUAUAGUUUAUUCAACAAAGAAUGUGAUUCUUGGUUUGCCAUGUUUCGGGAAUGUGCAGGUGGCUAGAUCAAGGAAGUUUAUCAAUUUGGAAGUAAAACACUCCUUGCAUCAUUGGUAAAGCUUAGCAAUCUACAAGUUAUUCAAGUAUUUGAGAGUUGAGAGUUUGUUUGCAAUGUUAUUUCAUGUUCAUGUAUUGCCAAUGGUUCUUAUUUAUUUUUCGUCUCGAUUAUAAUUGGUACAAAUGUCUAAAAUGUGGUAUCUAUCUUUAUCUCCUUUUUUUUUUAUAGGCCAGGACUAAUAUUUAAGGCACAGCUCAUGUCGAAGAUUGCUAAGAAGAAAAUUAAAGAGGCCGAUAGGGUGGUUUCACUCACUACUUAGUUGGUCCUUUUUUUUUUUUUUUUUUUUUUUUGGGAAAAUGUAUUGGAUUUUUAGGUGUUGUAGAAUUUUGGAUUUGGAAUUUGUACGAAUAUUGUUACAUUUUAGAGUUCAAUUAAUAAUGACUUUUGGAGUUAUUUGAUA